GCGGAACAGAUGCGCGGUGGUUUUUAAUAAAAAUUAGAAUUUUUCCAUUUUUACCCAAAAUGUAUAAGAAAGAUAAGCCAAUGGCUCUUCGGAGUAGUACAUCCGCUUUGUGCAAUAAUCUGAGUGUCUUUAUGAGUAACGAGAAGGGUAUGAUUCACUAUUCCUCUGUCCAUAAAUCCGUGGUAAACAUGGUCAGCACCAGUGCUGAUGGCACAUCAGUCAAUCAUCGACAGGUCCUCUGCAAGGAACCAUCUGCCACUCAUUGCAGCCCAAUGAUUUUACAGGCCAAGCUAAUAGAUUUACCAUCAAGGUCUCUUCUAGUGAUAUGUUCACAGAGGGGUAUUCAGAUAUUUGAGGCUGAUGGUACUGUAAUGUUGUUCUGGUAUGCCAUUGACACAAAUGCUACUGCAGAAGCGACAUAUGCCAGGGGAAUCUGCAAUGUUGGAGAUAAUAUUCUUUGUGUUGGGACAUACCAAGGCAAGAUUCUUGUGUUCAAUUUACCAUUCCGUGGAACAAACAUAACCUUAAUGGAGACUAUAAAAGCCCACAAAGCUGGGAUCACUGAUCUGGCCUCUGAGGGCAAUAAACUAGUCAGUAGUGAUGACUUGGGCAAUAUCAACAUUUGGGAAUACAGUGGAGACUCAAAUGAGUUUGAAGAAGUAGGACGCAUAUCCGGCUCAGGAAGCCCUUGUAAUAGCUUAGAUAUUUGGCAGGACAGCAUAUUGGCAGGAUAUGGGUCGGGUCACUUGCGUGUUUUCAGUGCAUCAACUGGAAUUAUGGGAGCUGAAGCUAGUGCACAUGCAAGACUCGUCACAUCAGUACAUAUAGCAAAAAACUGUGGUUUAGCUCUAAGUACAAGUGAAGAUUCCUUUGUUCGUGUAUGGCAGCUUUCUGCAGGCAAAGUACCACAGAUCUCUCACAAGUUCCACGAGUGUGUGCCGGAUAUGCAACUCCAAGGUGGUCGAUUUGUGAGUCCAGAUGGCGGAGCAUUCUGUGUAACUGGAUAUGAUAGCAAUGAACUGAUCUUCUUCGCAUGUCCCUAAAAUCUUAACAUGACACAGACACCUGGCAUAUUGCAACUGAACAUGGAGCUCCUCACACACUUCGGGAGGAAUUGGAUAUAACAGUGGGAUGGGAUUUUUUACAUUCCUGGCAUCACAGCUAAAUAAUAGAUGGGACCCUAUGGAGUUGUAAACAUUAGAUUCAUGAAUUAGCACGCAACUUGGUCAUAUAGAACCUGACUUUAAACAUAAAAUUGAUAUUAGAAGAAUAUAUAUUUUUGAUACUGCAGAUACACUUAAUUU